UCUCUCUCCUUGUUUCUUGUCAAUAUUAGGUGAGGCCGAGCUAUCCUCCUUUAAGACAAACAUCGUGCCCCAUGGUUCGUGUGAUGGCUACCCUGACACACAUCACAUGUCAUUUUAAUGAACUCCAUUCUAGAACUAAUAUUUGCUUAAUCUGGAUCGGAUGUGUAUUGGUGUAGCGGCAACAAUACCAGUUGUUGUAGUAGUAGUAGUAGUAGUAGUUAUUAAUUUAUCUAUUUAUCUACAUUCAUACCUGUCCAUGUAUAUUUGUACAUACAUACAUAUAUACAUACGUACGUACACACAUGCACAUACAUAUACAGCACUACAUAGUACAUAAUCGUUAUGAUGACACUGUUUUCUUGGUCUGUGUUUCGGCGACAUCCACUCUUUCUUCAGGAAUGGCAGGUCCAUUAUAGGGUCACGCGGCACCACAAAAGAGGUCAGCGUCAGUGCAGGAGGGUCGCGGUGUGACCUCGUACACGACAAUCUUCCCGGUGACACAACCCUUGCCAUCCCCGUCUCUCCCUCCCACGUGGAUGCCUGAAGCGCGAUGAUGUUUGUUUUCCCGAUGAUAAUCAUUUCCACACGUCCAACGUUUCCCCUAAAGUUUCAUAAGUGUACGGGCUGACACGCUAAGUUUAAUGAACCAUAGCGUGACAGAAAACCUUGUUAUACGAAUAACAGACUCAGGAUUCCAUAAUGUCUUAAAAUAACUCUGAAAUGCGCGUAAAAAACGUUAGGUUUUGUGGUCAAGUCUUAUCUUGGUCUAUUCUUCCCGGAACCUCGGUGAACGGCAGACGGGUGGUGGCUGCUCUGGCUCCAGCUGGCUGCGUGACGAGGCUGUGGCCACUGGUGACGACAAGAUGCAGCCGUGUAGGGUGGUGGUGCAGCUCCUGGUGGCGCUCCUUGUGUCCUGUGGUAGUGCGUGGGCCAACAAGACUCAGGGAGCACUACUGAAGCCCCUUAACGAGAAGACGACAUCUCCACCUCACCUUCCCUUAAACACAGUCUCCAGGCCUGCAGAAGGGAUGGGGAGGCCUUUGCUACGCCCUCACAAUACCACCUCGCGAUCCAGCCCGUCCCCAAUCAUUCUGCCAGAUAGUAGCGGAAGUUACACGUCUGGAAGCGGUUACACAGGCUCAGGAAGUGCCAGUAGUAGCAGUAUGCUUAAUAUUCAUAAUGAUAAUCGAGUCGACUCUCAAGCUACGAAAAGACCGUUGAAUGGAGGAAAUACAAGACCUUCCAGACCCGCCAGCUCUUCUCUCAAGCCUGUCAACUCUGCUUCCAGAACAACAAAGUCCCCUUCUAGGCCUGUUAGACCUCCCUCUAAACCUUCCAAUUUUUCCCUUAAACCUGUAAACUCACCCAAACCCGCCAUCUCGCCUUCUAGUUCUACUCGCUUACCCUCCAAAUCAGUAACCACAUCUUACAAACCUAGUCAUUCGAAUUCCCCUUCCAGACCAGCAAACACACCUCACAACUCUUCAAGUCCCUCUAACUCGCCCUCCAGACCAGGAAACACACCAUACAAACCUUCCAAACCUCCCAAUUCCUCUCCAAAGCCAGCAAAUAAACCUUUCAAGCCUUUCAGACCUUCCAGUUCACCUUCACAGUCCUCCAGACCAGCCAGUCGCCCCACACGCCCAGCUGCCCUUACUUUUGGAUCGGCUAGCCAACCCAAUCGUCCAGCCACUUUUCCAUCUCGCCUCCCUCCUGGACUCGCUCCCCAGUUCCUGCAGACUGUAGCGACUCCUGCUCCUGUAACGUCUCCUGCUAAGGCCAUCACUGUAAACCUCAACUUAGGUGGGUUUGGUCUUGGCGGCAGUAAAGACAAGACUUCCACGGCACACCAACCCAAAGACCACAUGGACCAGAGUGCUGCUACUGUGAACGAGUGUACCAGUCCUUUCCUCCUGUUCAUCUUGUCAACAACGAUUGUGAUGAGCUUCUGCUGAUAAAUCCACAUUUAUAGUCUGGGACUUCUCACGUCAGUGCGGCCUGACAUACCACUCUACUACCAUGCACUGUCCAUGUCUGUGGUCUGUGUGUGUGUGUGUGUGUGUGUGUGUGUGUGUGUGUGUGUGUGUUGAAUGUACCGGCCGGAAUGGCAAGUUUACUUAUACCCAUAUGACAGAUGCAUGUCCAUGUAUGCUUACUUUCAUGUUUAUAAUUACCUAUAAAAUUGUUAAUUUAUUG